CCCUUCAUUCUUGAAGGCCUCCAUUUAAAAUUAAAUUUUUCUGUCGGAAGCAGCCGCAGCACCAGUCACAAAUAUCCCUCCUCCUCCUCCUCCAAUUCCUUCCUCCCUCCCUUGAGAUGCGCAAGAGCUAUGGCGGCUGAUGUGAGCUUUCUGCUUCGGAUUAUGAACAACGGCGGCUACAAGGACGACCAGAAGCCCCCGCCACCCACCGACUCUUUCUCUUCCUCUUCCGCCCCUCCUCCCAAAUCCACCCUUCUGAUUACGCGCGACUUGCUCCGUGACUCUUCUUCCCCUUCCGAAUCCACCGAAUUGGAUCUUGAUUUGCACGUCCCCUCCGGCUGGGAGAAGCGUCUCGACUUGAAGUCUGGAAAAGUUUACGUCCAAAGAUGCAGCUCGCGGAACACAUCCUCUUUAUCGUCAGACCAUAAGCACCAGUCCAGUGAAACAGCUGGUGCAAAGCUUCAAGAUUUAAACUUCCCUCCGUCACCAAAACAGCCACUAAACCUCUUUGAUGACACCAGCUUAGACCUAAAGCUUGUGUCAUCUUCUUCGUCCAAUUACCAAUCUGUGUGCACUUUGGAUAAAGUGAAAUCUGCCCUGGAAAGAGCAGAGAAAGAAACAAUAUUCAGGAAGCGGUCCGUGUCAGUGUCAAUGUCAAAGUCUUCAUCACCCCUGUCGAAUUCUUCAUCUUCACUGAAAGAAGUAGAAACAAUGGAUUACGAGGAUGGGUCCUCGUCCUCGGUUGCUGCAGGGUGCCCAGGUUGCCUGUUUUACGUGCUGAUAUCGAAGAACAACCCCAAGUGCCCUCGGUGCAACACGGUUGUUCCAAUGACCACUGGAAUGAAGAAACCUAGGAUAGAUCUCAACAUAUCAAUAUGAGAAACCAAGCGUUGAAUUUGAUUGUUUUGAUUUUGUAAAUGAUAGGAGGAGGAAGGUGGCUGUUCAAGCGAAAGAAAUUAUGAAAUUCUGUACAUUUGACAAUGGUGUUUUGUCUAAUGGAAAUUGGUAAUAUUAAGGGUAAGUUUUUGGAUCA